UGAUAGGGAAGGGUACGCGGGUUGCAGAUAAAUACCGCGAGAACGAGACGAAUGAGAGCAAGUCGCUCGUCGCCCAUUAGCACGCAUCGACUCCUACCGCCCACCGGCACUCACUUUCGUUUCGCUCCUCUCGCGUCAUUCCCCGCUCCAUCAGCACCCUACCACUCGCUCUGUUCAAGAUGCAGUUCAUCCUCACCUUCAUCUCCGCUCUCUUCGCUGCCCUCUUCGUUAGGGCCGCCCCGGCCGCCAUCGGUAGCCUCGCCAUGCGUGACGACGGCAGUUGCAACACCGGCUCGGCGGUAUGCUGCAACAGUGUUUCGAGCCCGGACAACCUCAAUAAUGGUACGGUGUCCCUUCUGGGAGCCCUCGGCGUUAACGUCGACAACCUCCUCAACAACAUCGGCAUUGGGUGUUCGGCGCUCGUCGGAGGCAUAUCUUGUGACUCAAACGCGGUCUGCUGCAACGACAACGACUAUAACGGCGCUGUUGCCCUCGACUGCAUCCCCAUCGGCGUUAAUCUGUAAAGGUGGAGAGCAAGCGAGCCAAGCCAUGGUGUUUGUAUCGACUAUUGCGUAGCCAUGCCGUCACUUCGUUGCACCGCGUAGCUUGUCCUGCCUUUGAUGUCUUGAUUCUCGAAUGCGAGCCUAUUGGAUUAGUCGAAGCGGCCAGUCUGCGACGGCUAGUAAGUACUUGCAUCCCAUUGCUGAGCCGUGGCCGUCAUCGGAACGUGCUGGGAGCUCAUCAUGAUCAAUGGCGACCGGGUACAGUACUGCUGGCAGUGGUAAUAGUUGUCUGGGGUUGGAAAGAGCUUCGUCCGGGUUUGAACCUGAGCUGAGCGCUG